GAGCCGCUACGUGCGCGUCGCACCCGGAGCUCUUUGUUGUGCGCGUCCCGGGCACCGAACAAAGUCUCGGGCCGGAGGAGCAACUCGUGAGCGGCGGCUGCGGAGAAGCGAGGCUCUUUUGUGUUCUGCCGUCUUUGUGGAUGGUCCUGGGAAGUGUCACGGAGGAACGCCCGGGCCGAGAGAGAGCAGAGCGGGGCCGGCGUGCGCCCGCAGCACCCGGGUGUGACAGUGCCGAGCGCCGCGGGAUUACGGAGCCUCGGUCGCGUCGAGCCGCUGUGGGAUUACAAGUGGGGGCUCUUCUGGCAUGAGACUGUCUGCAGGCGCCACCUGAGGACAAUGGUCGCGGAGUUUGCUCACUUUUACCUGUGUGGAUUACUCUGCCUCGCCUCAGGCUCCCGUCUUCGGCAAGAAGAUUUCCCACCUCGCAUCGUUGAACACCCAUCUGAUUUAAUUGUUUCAAAGGGAGAACCAGCAACUUUAAACUGUAAAGCUGAAGGAAGGCCGACACCAACCAUUGAGUGGUAUAAAGGUGGAGAAAGAGUGGAAACUGACAAGGAUGAUCCUCGUUCUCAUCGGAUGCUGCUGCCCAGCGGAUCUUUAUUUUUUUUACGCAUAGUUCAUGGGCGCAAGAGUAGGCCAGAUGAAGGGGUCUAUGUCUGCGUGGCAAGGAAUUACCUUGGGGAAGCUGUAAGUCACAAUGCUUCGCUGGAGGUGGCAAUUAACAGUUUUCAUCUUCAUUCACAAUGUUACUCCUACAAAAUUUCUGACAUUGAAGCUGUGUAUGUUAAUAUGCAGUAUCAGUAUGGUAGCCCAAAAAGAGAGCAUGAUGGGAUAAUCAGAUAA